GUUCUGGACGUCUGGGGUUUCUUGUCCUGGAUGUCUGGGGUUCUUGUCCUGGACGUUGGGCUUUCAUUUGGGUUUGUCUCUGUGAGUUGAUUUGAUGUGAAUAUGAACUGAAAGCGGCUGACAGAAGGAAACACAGAUUUAAAGGCUCUGUUAACACGAGAGGUUAAAAGAUCGUCAGUGAUAAGGAAAACUACUGUAUGGUCCUUCAAAAAUGACGUUAUGUAAACUUUGAAGCCAAUCAGAUUACAGGAGGGAAACAACCCCUUCGUCCUCUGCCUAUGAAAUUAAUAAUUUUAUUUCUUUUCUUAAAUUUAUUUGUCAUGUUUUCAUUUUCCACUAACGUAUCAAUCUUAUGUUGUUUUUGUUUUGGAUGCAUUUUCUUAGUGUUUCCAUAAUUUUUACCUCUCCAUCCCUUCGCCUCCCUCCUCCUCCUUUCUCCUGCCUCAGGUUUCUGAAUAAUUUUCCUCUUCCUUCAUCACUCUCUAAUCUAAAUCUAAUUAUCAUAAUCAGGCUCCAGGUGCCUCGUUUGGCUCUCCGUCACCGUCUGAGCACGCUCACUGGUGGCGUGUGUCGCCCCACCCCUUGGCGCCGUCGGCCAAUCGCCUUCCUCUGCUUCAUCCUGUCCGUCAGCGCUCUCCAGCCGCUGGCCAAACGGGUGGCGUUGUACCGCUCCUUCCCGACUCGCCUCCUCUCUCGGGCCUGGGGUCGUCUGAAUGGGGUGGAGCUCCCCACCUGGCUCCGGAAACCCGUGUACUCUCUCUACAUCUGGACCUUCGGGGUCAACAUGCAGGAAGCCGCCGUGGAGGAUCUGCAUCACUACAGGAAUCUGGGGGAGUUCUUCCGUCGACGCCUCAAACCUGCAGUCCGACCAGUCUGCGCCUCCUCGUGUCUGAUCUCGCCAGCUGAUGGGAGGAUCCUCCACUUCGGUCGGGUAGAGAACUCAGAGGUGGAGCAGGUGAAGGGGGUCACCUACAGUCUGGAGAACUUCCUGGGUCCACAGAAGAGGCGAGGCAACGAGUCCUCGUCGUCCUUCAGGGACCUCCUCCUGUCGUCUCCUGACAACGACCUGUUCCACGUCGUGGUCUACCUGGCUCCAGGAGACUAUCACUGUUUCCAUUCACCUACAGACUGGAGGGUGGAGCUUCGGCGUCACUUCCCAGGCUCGUUAAUGUCGGUUAACCCGGGCGUGGCUCGUUUGGUCAAAGAGCUCUUCUGCCUUAACGAGCGUGUGGCGCUCACCGGCCACUGGCAGCACGGCUUCUUCUCAUUAACAGCAGUCGGAGCCACAAACGUGGGCUCCAUCAGGGUUUACUUCGACCAGGAGCUUCAGACCAACGCUCCUCGCUACAAUAAAGGCUCCUUCGAUGACCACAGCUAUGUUGCCAUCGGCGACCAGGCCUUGAAGGCGUCGAGUGAAGGGGGCGUGGUCUCAGCCGAUGGAGGGGGCGUGGUCUUACAGAAGGGGGCCCCCGUGGGGGAGUUUAACCUCGGCUCCACCAUUGUUCUGCUGUUCGAAGCUCCUAAAGACUUCACCUUCAACCUGCAGCCAGGACAGCGAAUCAGAAUGGGAGAAGGGCUCGGUAGCCUCUGAUUGGCCAAGCUGCAGACUCAGGGGGAGGGGCCUGGUGACUAGGAACUGCUGGGGACUGAUGAAUGUCAGACAGAUAUUAAGACUUUAGGGCAUUGUGGGUAAUUUUCUCUGUAAAGAAGACGCUGUUAUGAACCUGAAGAUGUUUUUAUGACAAGGACUCAAACUCCCAGAAUGCCUUGUGCCAAUCUUUUCUCUCUAUUUUUUUUUCUAUUCUGUCUCAAAGUCGCUCGUCCUGAAACUAAAUUGAAAUAUUCCUUUAAAUCAGCGAAAAGAAAACAUCAGAUCAAAUUUAAGUAAUAUGAACCCAAAAAUAAUGAAGUCAAACCUUCAUAUUAUUUAACAAACUAACAUUAAUUCAAACAUUCAAAUUUACACAAAGUGAAAUAAAAAGUUCCUCCGUCCUCUGAAACUGUUUGAAGCUUUGUUGUUUUGAUUAUUUCUGUUCUGAACCAAUCACUGCUGUCACAGUUGUUAGCAUCAGCUAGCACACAAAUGUGAAGCAGCCACAGGAUGUCUGUGAUUGGUCACAAGAAAACCGUGACGUUAAUAAUAAUAAUUUUGUGUUGUUGUGAAACUGCGACCAUGCUAAAGAACAGGUGACACGUCUCACCUGAACUCUUAUCAGCUUUUGUAAAAAAUGUGAUGAUGAAUAAACGUUUCAUUCUCAGCA